AGGCGAACGACGUUGUUUACUAUGCCGCCGCGGAACAGCGCUGGCCGAACGGCGACGCGUUGAAGUACGGCGCCAAAGGCGCAGUGGCGGGGCCUUCCCAGCUGAACGAUGGCCGAGACGAAGAGAGAGUCGCCGUGAAGUUCGCGGACCACGCUGAGCCAGUGGCCAUCUUCAUCGCAGCGCUGCAGAGCUCUGAGCCACCCAAGCAGCUGCCCGGAGGUUGGCUCUUGGGAGAGCAGGUGGUCUACUUGGGCGCUGAACGUGAAGAGCACGGUACCAGGCUGGCCACUGGACUGCGGGGCCAGGUGGUGGGCCCUGGCGUGGAGAAGUCGGUGGCGGUGCUCUUCGCCGGCGCCUCCGAGCCCAUCUUGACGGCCAAUGUGGCACGGCCCAAUGAUCUUCAAGCAUGCCCAGCCCUCUGCUGGGAGCUCUGUGGUUCCACCUUCAAAGCCUUGCCUGAGAAGGUUCGUGCCAGCUGAGAAGCGCAUCCUCAAGGGAUGUGCCCUUAGCCUGGUGGCAAGGGCGUCUGAGAUGCCGUCUGAGACGGGCGAUCUGCGGCGUUUUUGGAACGCUGAAACCAUAUUGGUUUGAACUGGGUAAUUGAUUGAUCA